CAGAUAACAACUGCCGGACUAUCCAAUUCAAGCCCGAGGUCGACGGAGCACGUCAUCAGCUCGUGAACGUAACAGUGGACACCGAUACUCAAUGUAUCCCGAAAUGCUUCAACCACCAAGAAUGCGUCUCGUACAACGUCGGCCCCUCGCCUGACAACUCUGACAAGUUCGUUUGCCAGUUGAACAGGUUUGACCGGGUCCAGAAACCAGACGACUUCAAAGCAGAGAUGCAAGGUUUUCGAUAUGCAGACUUGAAAGAGAAUCAUUGUAGCACAAGCCCAUGCCUUAAUAACGGUACAUGUCAAACGGGAUUUGGGGACAAGAAAUACAGAUGCAUCUGCCUCACGGGAGUCACUGGAGAAAAUUGCGAAACUGUUACUGACAAAUGCAAUGGGAACCCAUGUGAUCCAAUCGGAGGAGAAUGUACCCGCCAAAUAGAAGGCUUCACUUGCAAGUGUAAACCUUGCUUUAUCGGGAAUGGCUCUACUUGCCAUGGUCCCGGAACAGCCGCUGACCUACCAGGUAAAACGUGCAAGGACAUACAGAUCAACUUUAACACCAGCACAACUGGCAACUACUUUAUCGAUUCUGAUUGGUCAAAAGCUACACAAGCAUUCCAAGUCUACUGCGACAUGGAGACAGACGGGGGGGGCUGGACACUAGUGUGGAGUUACAAUUUUUUUGCACCGCUUGCAUUCACGAGUAAGGAAAAUAAAGUAAUACUUAGACCAAGCAACAUGGCUAAGUGGGGUUCUAAGUCAACCACCACUCCGACCAGCGAGACUAACUAUGGUGCUAUGAAUGAUAUCCUGUUGGGGGACAUUGGCAAGGAGUUCCUUGUUAAGUCUAACAUCAAUAACUGGAUUUCCUGUAUUCCACAAGGCGGUACACUCGGUCCAAGCUGGGAUCACGGCCCUAUAAGUUGUAGAAUAGUGAAGGUGAUUCCAGGAGCGAAAUGUUCGAAUGUGGUACCAGACAACACAAAUGGAGACGACUGUGGCUUCAUGUUAAAACGCGGUAGCAACAAAUGCAUCUACUGGGAAGGCUGUUCUCUGCAUUACUGGCCUAUUCACGACCCGUGUUGCAACGAACAGUUUAACCAAGACCUGUUGGAUGCUGUUAGCGAACCCCGUGGUGGUAUAUUUCUCCGCUAAUCGAUAUACAUCCGUAACACCCGUUGCAACGGAGAGUUUAACCAACACCUGUGGGGUGCCGUUAGCGAGCCUCGUGGUAGUAAAUUUCUUCGCUUAUCGAUUUUUAUUCGUCACACCCGCUGCAACGAACAGUUAAACCAAAUACCUGUUGGAUGCCGUUAGCGAGCUUCGUGGUACACUUCUUCGCUAAUCGAUAUUCAUUCGUCACAGUGACAAAUAGUCCAAACAGAUCAAAAGUCCAGCGUCUAGCCCUGCUGAGGAUUUUGGUACUCCUUUUGGUACUUUGGUGUUCCUGUAAAUAGUAGUCAGCUUCGAUUUUUGCCAAACUAGAAAAACACUAGACUCUUUGGGGGCUAGUGUUCAGGAUAGAGAUUUUGCUCGUAACAUUACAGUUAGAUAUCCAAGGUGGUUUCUAUAUUAUCCAAAUAUUAUGUAAAGGUAAAAUGAUUCUAAUAUUGAUGCGCUGCAUGAACUUUUCCAAUUAAUAAAAUUAAACUACAUCA